AUCAUCCCCGCACGCAAUAUCGGCGCGUGAAUACCACCUGCGCAGACUCAUUUCGUAAAUUCAGAUUAAGCGCGUCGUGUAAUUCAAUCAAAGUGUCCAACAGAUUCAGUCUAUCGUGUCAAGUGCCUGUCUCUUUCGUUGCCCAAAUCUCCGAUCAAAUUCGUCCGUCGUGUUUGCAUGGCGUUUGCUCCGAUUCUCCGCCGCGCCUCCGCCGUUAAGAACCUCUUCUCUUUAACAAGACUCGCCGUUGGCUCUGCCCUCUCCACUAGGUCUCUCCAAACCGGAGCCUCCGGCGAUGAUUCUCAAUCGAUGGGUGGGUAUCACGUGAGCCCCGGCGGAUUCAUGCGUGGAGCCGUGUAUCGCGAGCCCAAUAAGCCUCUAACCAUCGAAGAAUUUCAUAUUCCCCGCCCCAAAUCCAAUGAAAUUCUCAUCAAAACCAAAGCUUGUGGAGUUUGCCACUCUGAUCUUCAUGUGAUGAAAGGAGAGAUACCGUUCGCUAGUCCUUGUGUUAUUGGUCAUGAGAUUACUGGUGAAGUUGUUGAACAUGGUCCACUUACUGAUCACAAGAUCAUUAAUAGAUUUCCAAUCGGGUCUCGUGUAGUUGGAGCUUUCAUUAUGCCUUGUGGAACCUGUUCUUAUUGUGCUAAGGGCCAUGAUGAUCUAUGUGAAGACUUCUUUGCUUACAACAGAGCCAAGGGAACUCUUUACGAUGGCGAAACUCGUCUCUUUUUGCGACAUGAUGAUUCACCAGUGUAUAUGUAUAGUAUGGGAGGGAUGGCUGAGUACUGUGUUACACCAGCUCAUGGUUUAGCUCCUCUACCAGAGUCUUUGCCCUACUCUGAAUCUGCCAUUCUGGGAUGUGCUGUUUUUACAGCAUAUGGUGCUAUGGCUCAUGCUGCUGAGAUCCGUCCUGGAGAUUCUAUUGCAGUUAUUGGAAUUGGUGGUGUGGGCUCCAGUUGUUUGCAGAUCGCAAGGGCUUUUGGAGCCUCGGAUAUCAUUGCUGUGGAUGUUCAGGAUGAUAAAUUACAGAAGGCCAAGACACUUGGUGCUACUCAUAUUGUCAAUGCUGCUAAAGAAGAUGCUGUUGAAAGGAUAAGAGUAUGGUUGAUUCAAGACCUCUUAUUUGUGAAGAUGAACCAUUGAUUGAUAUAAAUAUGAAAAACUGUUUCUUCUUCGUAGGAAAUAACCGGUGGGAUGGGUGUUGAUGUUGCUGUUGAAGCCUUGGGAAAGCCUCAAACUUUCAUGCAGUGCACACUAAGUGUGAAAGAUGGUGGAAAAGCUGUGAUGAUUGGACUCUCACAAGCUGGUUCCGUUGGAGAAAUUGACAUAAAUCGACUUGUUCGUAGAAAGAUAAAAGUUAUAGGAUCUUAUGGAGGAAGAGCAAGACAGGAUCUUCCUAAAGUAGUGAAAUUGGCAGAGUCAGGGAUUUUCAAUCUCACAAACGCAGUCUCAAGUAAAUACAAGUUUGAAGAUGCAGGAAAAGCAUUUCAAGAUCUCAACGAAGGCAAAAUCGUGAGCCGAGGUGUUGUUGAGAUACUAUAACCAAUAUAGCCUUUUGAUUCUGGUUUGUGAAUGACUGCUUCACACCUGUUUCACUGAGGUCUAUUUUUAGUUGCUACAAUCUUCAGACAAGGUCAUUGUUAAUCUGAUAUUUGUGUUUGUUUAGACAGUGAAAAGGAAAAAAAAAAACUGUAGUAACUGGACAAAAUUUAUAAUUUUACUGUUUUUCAUUUCUUUCCAACAUUUAUUGUUUUUCUAUACUGUUAAUAUUUUUAAUUUCUUCCCUCUUUUCAC